UCGAGGGGCGGGAGCACGUGCGGCGCGCGCGGACCCGGCGGCUCGCCAUGGCAGCCGUGUACUUCGGCGGCAUCGAGGGCGGCGGCGGCCACUCGGUGGCCAAGGUGCUCGACGGUGACGGGCGCGUGCUGGCGAGCAGCAGCGGGCCCGGCACCAACCUCUACCUCGAGGGCAUGGAUGCCACGAUCGAGCGGUUCGCGCGGCUGGUGCGCGAGGCGCUGGCCGCCGCCGGCCUGCCGGCCGACACGCGGCUGCGCGCGCUCGGCAUCAGCUCCAGCGGCUGUGAGGUGGAGGAGACGAACAACCAGCUGCGCGACCAGCUGCUGGCGCGGCACCCGGGCCUGGCCGAGCGAUGCGUGGUGUGCAGCGACUCCGUCGGCGCCGUGGUCACCGCCUUCGCGCGCGGCGGCAUCUGCCUCAUCUCGGGCACCGGCUCCAACAGCCUGCUGCUGAACCCUGACGGCGGCGUGCACCGCUGCGGCGGCUGGUCCUACAUGCUCGGCGACGAGGCCAGCGCCUGGUGGAUCGCCUGCCGCGCCGUCAAGUGGGUGUUCGACGAGGACGACAACCUGCGCACGCCGCCGCAUAGCACCGUCGUCGCGCGCCGCUGCAUCAAGCAGUACUUCAACAUCACCGACCGCUUCGGCAUGCUGGAGCACGCCUACACCAGCUUCAGCAAGCCCAAAUUCGCCGGGCUGUGCCAGCACCUGGCCCGGCGCCGCGCACGAGGCGACGCGUUCUGCCGCGAGCUGUUCGUCGAGGCCGGCCGCUGGCUGGGCCGCUUCGUCGUGGCGCUGCUGCCCAACGUUUCGGAGGAGCUGCUGCGCGCGCCCGGCGGCCUCAGCAUCGUGGCGGUGGGCGCCGUGUUCCGCUCCUGGGACCUGAUGCAGGUCGGGUUCGUGCAGCAGGUGGCGGCGCACCUGCCCGCCUUCACCCUGCUGCAGCUGACCGGAUCGCUAGCACUCGGCGCCGCCUACAUGGCCGCGCAGGAGGCCGACUUCCCGCUGCCCAAGGAGUACGCCGACAACUCGCACGUGCUGUGUACGUGGAGGAAGAGCAGCCCCGGCUGGUAGGCCGCCCGCGCGGGGCCCCCGAAGCCGCGCGCCCGAGUGGCGCUUCGGGCGUUCGGGGGUGCGUGGGUGGACGUGUUUGGGACGCCCGGGACAGUGUGUCUCUAGUCGGCUGCUGUCUGAAA